ACCAUCAUCUCUGCUGUGAGCAACACAAUUCGUUCAUCAGUAAUUACACAAUAUGCACCAUUGAAUUAAAAAAAAAAAAAAACGAAUCGCCCCACAAAAAAAAUGGCUGCAGACGACGAGACUCACCGGAAAUCAAAAUUCACCGCCAUUUUGGUGGUGGUUCUGAUCUGCUGCUCUCUCAUCCUAUUCACCGUCAUCUACAACAUCUACACCCCCCACCACCGCAAGUUCCCCGUCUACUCCAACGCCGCCGUCAUCCACGGCGCCUGCAGGGCGGCGCGCAACCAAUCCGGCUGCGAGGCCUCCCUCAAGUCCGAGUGGCGCGCGGCGGGGUCGUCCCCCGCCACCGCCCUGCAGGCGAUCAACGCCUCGCUGCAGGUGUCCACGCGGCACCUGCGCGAGGCCAUCGCCACGGUGGAAAAGAUCCUCGACGGGUCAGCGGACAACGUGAACCGCUCCGACACGUCGAGGCUCUGCCUGGAGGUGCUCCGCCACUCGGACGCGCGCGCGGCCAUGUCCGCGGACGCGGUGCCCCGCGGCGCGGACGGGGUCAGGGACGCGCGCGCGUGGAUGAGCGCGUCGCUGGCGUACCAGUACGGGUGCAUGUCGGGGCUGAAGAACGUGAACGACACGCCCCUGGUGGCGGAGGCCGUCGCGUUCUUCAACACCACCCUCAUAGGGUCCACCGCCGACGUGCUGGCGAUGAUGGCGAGCUACGACUACUUCGGGGAGGAGACGAGCAAGUGGGGCCCGCCGAAGACGGAGCGGGACGGGUUCUGGCCGUCCCGUCCCGCCGCGGGGGAGGAGGUCGUUGGCGGGGUGCCGUCGGGGAUGGCGGUGAAUGUGACGGUGUGCGGCGGCGCAGGAGGGUGUGACUACGAGACGGUGCAGGGGGCGGUGGAUGCGGCGCCGGAGAAUUCGAGCGGGCGGUUUGUGAUAUGGAUCAAGGCCGGGGCGUACAAGGAGACGGUUCGGGUGGGAUUCGAGAAGAAGAAUGUGGUGUUUUUGGGAGAUGGGAUGGGCAAAACGGUCAUUACGGGGGCCCUCAACGUGGGGAUGCCCAGAGUAUCCACCUAUAAUUCAGCAACCGUUGGUGUUCUGGGAGAUGGAUUCAUGGCAAGCAACCUAACAAUCGAGAACACAGCCGGCGUAGACGCACACCAAGCCGUGGCAUUCCGAUCCGACAGCGACCUCUCCGUGUUAGAAAACUGCGAACUCCUCGGCAACCAGGACACCCUCUACGCCCACAGCCUCCGCCAGUACUACAAAUCCUGCCGCAUCCAAGGCAACAUCGACUUCAUCUUCGGGCAGUCGGCCGCCGUCUUCCAAGACUGCCUCCUCCUCAUCGUCCCGCACCAGAACGAGCCCGAGAAGGGCGACAACAACGCCGUGACGGCCCACGGCAGGAUCGACCCGGCCCAGUCCACGGGGUUCGUGUUCCGAAACUGCGUGGUCAACGGCACGGAGGAGUACAUGGCGCUGUACGCGGCGGACCCGGCCGUGCACAAGACGUACCUCGGGAGGCCGUGGAAGGAGUACUCGAGGACGGUGUUUCUUGGCUGCACGCUGGAGAGUUUGGUGUCGGUGGACGGGUGGAUGCCUUGGAGUGGCGAUUUUGCGUUGGAGACCCUCUAUUAUGGGGAAUUUCAAAAUAAGGGCCUCGGCUCGGAUACGUCCAAGCGGGUCAACUGGAGUAGCGUCGUGCCGGCCGAGCAUGUGGAUUCGUACUCGCUUCAGAACUUCAUCCAGGGUGAUCACUGGAUUCCUAACACUCUCUCAUCAUCUUUGUAACUACAUAUAAUUGAAUAUUUAAAUUUAAAAGCUUAAAUUCUAAUUAAAGGACUAUCUUUGGUGGAUUAACUAUUUCUUUUACCAAUUUUAAUUACCGGUGAAAGUAUA